AUGCCACUAAAAAGAUCCCCAUCACCUAACUCAUCAGCAUCAUCAUCGGCUACCAAAAAAUUUAAAACAAGUCAUCAUCUUGAUUUUAGUCACUAUAUUAAUCUCAAUUCAAAGUCUUAUCCAUUCAAACAUUCUACAAAGGCAGCAAUCAAAUGGAAUAAUGGUUCCAAAAAAAAACCGUUUGAAAUUUUCGAGGAUAAAUACAAUGAAGGUAAAUUAAAUGAAGAUGAGAAAUAUUUGGUCCAUUGGUUUAAAAAUGAUUUGAGAAUUCAUGAUAACACAUCACUGUAUCAUUUGGUUCAAGAUGCUCAAAAAAUUAAUGCCAAACCAAUUGGAAUUUACAUCAUUUCUUUGAAAUUUUUAGAGUCUCAUUUAGAAUCCGCUUUAAAAGUGCAAUUUAUUCAAAAUACUUUAAAAGUAUUGCGUGAAUCAUUAUCAAAAUUAAACAUACCAUUAUCCAUAAUAUAUCUAGAUGAUUCUAAAGACAAGUAUAAAUUGAGUUCAAAUUCAUAUGACUCAUUCAAAGAUUGGCUUACUGCUUUACUAAAUGAAAAAUUUCAAACAAACUCAAUCUAUUACAAUGUGAACUAUGAAUACGAUGAAUUAAACAGAGACAUUUCAUUACUAUCAUCCAAUUUAAAUAUUAAAGCAUUCCAUGAUCAAUGUAUUGUUAAACCAAUGGAACUUACAUCAGGUAAAGGCACUCAAUAUUCCAAGUUUUCACCCUGGUUCAAGAAAUGGGAUUCCUAUUUGAACUCAUCCCCAAUUGAAUUGUUGCAAAUUCAACAUAAAUUCGAGAAAUGGGAUUGGUCACACUUACCAAAUGAUGAUGACUAUAAACUCCCUCCUCAGUUUCAAGUAUCUUCAUUAAAAGAAGUUGGGGUCACUGAUAUUGGAAACUUUGAGAAUUUAAAAGGUGGUGAAGAUGAAGCUUUGGAAAAGUUGGAAAAAUGGAUCUCAAACAGUAUUAAAGAAUAUCAAUCCGAGAAAGAUUAUCCAUCUUUAUCUUCAACCUCAAGAUUAUCACCAUAUAUUACCCAGGGUUCCAUUUCACCUCGUUUAAUUGUCACAAAAUGUCAAGAGGCAAACAAUAAUAAAAGAAUUGGAGGCAACACAGGUAUAGAAACUUUCAUCAAAGAAGUUGCAUGGAGAGAUUUCUAUAGACAUGUAACAGUUAAUUGGCCUUAUCUGAUGAUGUUUGUACCUUUCAACUUAGGGUUGAUUGAUUUGAAAUGGUCAGAUGAUUAUUCCAGGUUUGAAAAAUGGUGCUUGGGAGAAACAGGGUUCCCAAUUGUUGAUGCUUCCAUGAAAUGCUUGUUACAUACUGGAUAUAUGAACAAUAGAUGUCGAAUGGUUGUUUCUAGCUUUUUAUCUAAGGAUUUGGCAAUGGAUUGGAGAAUGGGUGAACUCUGGUUUUAUAACCACUUGAUUGAUGCAGAUUUGAGCUCAAAUAAUGGAGGUUGGGGGUUUAGUUCAAGUACUGGAUUAGAUGCACAACCGUGGUUUAGAAUUUUCAAUGUUUACACUCAAAGUGAAAAAUUCGACCCAGAUGGUGUUUUUAUAAAAAAGUGGCUACCUAAUUUAUCAAAGCUGGAAAACUUUCAUGAACCUUAUAAUGAAAAAAUUGACGCUAAAGAAAUUGAGAAAUUAACAAAUGGCUAUCCGAAACCAAUCAUUGAUAGGAAACAAGCUAGAGAGGAAACUCUUGAAAGAUAUAGAGAAGCAAUGUAA